UUAGAGUGAUGCACGCUCCCGCGAGAGGGUUUUUUUUUUGUCCUUUCUGGUGUAAGAAUGUUAAGUUUCAUUGUAUUGCUCUGUAGGCUUUUGUGUUUAUUAUGUUUCCUUUCUUAARGCGGAUUCAAAUAUGGAGGAGUUUCGAGUAAACGACCCGAGUGACACCAGUAGCCCCAUGCCAGGACUGGCAGAGCAUCAAAACUGCAAAAGUCCAGACGGAUCUGAAGACAAAGGUGGAGGUGGUUUCGAUGAGGACCAGCU